AUGGAUGUUAUAAACAUAUCAUUGUUUGACCUAAACAACAUUACAUACCCGAGUGUAAACCGAAAAAUGGGCGAAAGUUUUAAUGUGACACCGUUGGGCUUAAACAGAAAGCACACCGCAAAUGGCCGGCAGCCGUUAUAUGCUCAAAUUAUCAUCGUUCUCAUGUACGUUCUCAUUAUUAUCAUCGCUGUUGGAGGUAAUUUGUUAUUUUCCUACGUGAUACUGACUCGGCCCAAGAUGCGAUCGGUGACGAACCUCUUCCUGCUGAACCUGGCCAUCAGUGACAUCGUGAAGGCAGUGGUAUGCAACCCGUUCGCCUUCAUGGCCAAUCUAAUUCUUUUGCACUGGCCGUAUGGGGAUUUUAUGUGUCCUUUGGUUACCUAUGUCCAGGUAAGGAUCAGUGUUGUUAUUGUUGUUGUUACUUUUGCUCUGUUGUUAUUGUUCAUAUUUUUACAGUUAGUACUAACGAACAGAAGCGGAGGUGGUGUAGCAGCUAGACGCUCGCAUGCGGAUCGGAAGGUGGCGGGUUCAAGUCCUGACUGA